CUACACUGCUUUGAAAUUCCAAGAGAAUCUUAAUGUGAAGCAGAGGCGGCGUUUCUCGCCCUGCCUCCUCGGCUCCAGCUGCAGGACGAAGCCAUGUUUUGAGUGACAGUGUGAUUGCACCUCUGAGGAAUGCAUCGUAUGUGGAUAGUGCUGGUUGGACUUGUCUUGUCGAGUUGCAGCACGGUGCUGUCAGCGCGAACAGGUAAGAACAGACAACGGUCAAAGACGAGGGAUGAACUUGUGGGCCCCAGGGAGCAUGCUGGAGCUGAGGAAGCUGGAGUACGAGAACCUGGAGGAGCUUCAGAGGCCAACUUCUUGGCUGAUUUUGCAGGGAAGAAGCGCUUAUGGGUGAUCACCGCCCCAUCAUACAGCGAUAACUACUUACGCAUGAUGGAGAAACAGAUCCAGGAGUCUGAAGGGCUGAACUGUCGAUUAGCAGAGAGAGACACCCUCAUUGUGACCAUUAUUCAGAAUGCAAUGAUGGAGGGCAAAAUCCAACGCACAACCAUGGAGGGACAGGCCACCGAGCAAGCACUGGAUUCAGACAUGGUGACAAAACUGCUUCAUUACCUGGAGCUGGAACACCAGACCUUCUCCAUGUUGAUCCUGAAGAAGAACCUGAAGGUUGGUGAGAGAUUUCCUUACCCAGUGCGUGUGGAGGCUGUUUUGGAGGUUAUCGAUAACCUCCCUGCGCGCAAGCUGGAGAGAGUUGCAAGGAAAGGGUCACUUCAGAGAUGCAAGAUCACUAAGAAGAGAUUAGUCGUGAAGCAGAAUGGUGGUAACAAGAGAAGGAUCUUCAGCCCUCAGACACAGGGAAACGUUACGUCCAUCUUUCCUUCACAAAAACAAACUCUGGACAAAAAGGCAGCCAUCAGAAGCAAGGUUCAAGAUAUUCUCAGCGGACGCUCCAGAUUUGUCAUCCGUAAAACCCCGGUGAGUCCUGGCGGUGGCAAGGUGAUCUCGACUCCCAAAACUGGGGUGAAUGAAGAGGUGAAGCUCAAGCUUGACACUCGAACAGAAAGCACUGAAGAUGCAGGAGAAAAGACAGCACUGAAAGUGGAGAAUAAAUACGAUGAUAAAGGGAAUGGCAGAACGAGUUCAAUCACAGAGAUUAAAGGUGAGCAAACAGGUGACCUGUCCAAACAGAAAGGCAAAGGAAAGAAGGAUAAGGAGAAGAAAAAGAAAAAGGGAAAAAGAGGAGGGAAGAAGUCUGAACGAGAGGCCGACAGUAAAGAAAAAACAGCUCUCAAAGAGUUUAUGGAGAAGCUCAAGGGCCAAAGAAGACUUCUUGUAAUUUCUUCCCCCAGUGAGGUCUCGAGUCAGUAUAUCCAACAGAGAGAUAAUAAUGAGCUACACAGCUGUGACUUGGCUUUACGGAAAAUUACAGUGCUGUCCAUCCUGGGCUCAGAGCAAAGCCCCACACUGCGACUGCAACACUAUCAACAAGAUGGAGAUCCUCGACUCGUCUCGCUGCCAGACAACAUCAAAAAUCCUGACCUGAUCAGUCAAAUCCGCAAAGAAUACGGGCUUGUAUCUAAGGAAUUCUCCAUGGCAGUGACAGACUAUGACCUGAGACCUAAGCUUGGGAAGGUGUUCAAUUCGCCAACAGCCCCGUCAGCUAUUAUAAAUUACAUUGACACCUUCCAGUCUCGGUGGUUGGAGAAAGCAGAGGAGGAGGACAGUCCCUCACCCUGUUCGCCAUCUGAGGCUAAUAAUCAGGCAGAGAACUCCCUGCUCAGGUUUAUGUCCAAAAGAAGACUUUUGAUCAUCUCCACUCCCACUGAGGAUGACUAUUCCUUUCAUCAGCAGAUUCAAGCUCUUAAUGGACAGGAGUGUCACAUGGGUAUCCGUCACUUUGCUUUGCUGAAACUUGUAGGAAAAGGUCAAGAGGCUUCAGGAACUGUUGAGCUAUUUCCACUGAAUGGCAAAAGUCAGACUGAAAAGGAGCUGUUGUCUCAGGAAGUGGUGAGGAAUCUGAGAGACCAGCUGAAGAUCACCACGGACUACUUCAGCAUGCUGGUGGUGGGGAAGGACGGAGACGUCAAAGCCUGGUUUACAACGGCAAUGUGGUCUUUGUCUAAUAUCUAUGACUUGGUGGACUCCAUGGAGUUACGUCAGCAGGAGCAGAAGCUUCAGCAGACCAUCGGUAUUCACUGCCCUGAAGACAGCGGUGGCGCCGGGGGUGGUACUUACCAUGGAUAUACAAGAGAGACCGAGGACAGCUAUCUGUACCAUCAAUCAGAGGACUGACGGUACAAGCACAUUCAAGAACAUGCGAAUCAGAGACAUUCGCUAACGUCAUGAGGAAAUGCUAGGUAGCAAGUGUAAUACUGGGAAAGUCCAUUUGUUUUUUUUGUAUAUACAGUAAAUAUCCAUCGCAACAUUGAAAGUUAUUGCUUGUUUCCAACUUAUUAUAGGCUGAAUUAUCUCUAAAACCGUUCUCGUGUUCGAGAAGAACUCUUAUAUGCUGCUAUUACCAAAUAUACUGUAUGUGUACCAACCAACUACUGUGUUGGAAAUUUGUAUUUGGUCUCAUCUCAGAAAACCAAUUAUAACAUCCACUUAGAUGGUACAUUUAUAUCACAUUUCUCAUUUGGUGAUUUCUCAUUUGGUGCUUUGGUGGCAAAUGUUUAAUAGCACAAAGUCUUAAGUAAGGAGUUAAACAUUCAGGGAUGUGCUGUUAUAGAAAAAUAAUCAAUUAGGUGGCUGGUAUGAUGAAGCAGAGCUACUGUUAUCACCUCAAAAUUGCUUAUUUUCUUAUAACAGCACAUCCAGAAGAGUUUUAAUGCUUUAAUAUCACAACAAUUUGCCAAUGCUACCAACCUUGUGACAUGUGGAACGUGAAACGAAUUAGUUCCUGUUCCUCGUUCCCUCACCAGCUACUCUUUUAUCUCUUUGUUGUCUUUAUUAUUCUCUUUUUCCUCUUUAACAUAAUAAGACAAAAACACAGCUUGUCAUCAGAGAAACCGCAAACUGUAAACACCUCUGUCCUGAACACUUUCCCAUGAUGGAAGGCUUCAAGUUACAGAUUUACCUCCGACUGUUACAAAGCGCUGACACAGGAGUCUCCUUCCAUAAUUGUUUACCUUUAAAAGGUAAACUGUAUAUCAACAAUUACACACGUUAUUAAAAUAUGUUUAUGUGGAUCAUCCACCAUACGAUUCUCUGUGUAAGUUGUUACAAUAUAAAUGAUUAUUUAUUAGAACAAGCUCAGUAAUAUAAACCUGUGAUUUGCAGCUGCACUACUGUCAGAGCUGCUGUUAUAGAAACUUAAUCAACACUUUUCUGAGCAAUCAGCAUUGCGAUAUAAAAUAUUUUAAUUAUAGGCAUCCUUAAACAUUUAGAAAACAUAAGCUGGUCUUCUUAUAUACUCUUUUUCCACAUGGCUGAUGACAACUUUCUCUAGUAUAUCUUGACUGAAAACCUUUAAAAGCAUGUUACUUAAAAACAACUGGAUGGUCUUUUUAAAACUGCUGUCUGUAUUAUCUAUUCACACCUGGAUGCACAAAGUACGGCUACUUGCAACCAAACCCAAUGAUGAGAAAAAGAUUCUAAUCGUUUAGUGUAUUAAAGCAGAGACCUAACUAAAUGACUUGAAUCACUAAAAGAAUAAUUAGUUAAAAUGCUGUGUACUAUAAAUACUCUGAUGAUGUACUAAAACCACUGAAAAAUAAAGCAUGUAAUACUGGGUACUCGCUGCAGUUGUAAUUUCACUGCUCAGCGGUAGUUCUGGAUCUUUCUGUUGAUGGGCUACAGUCAAUGUUUGACUAUAUAUAUGAGUAUACAACAUGGCGCCAUUAUACUAUGGUGCCAUAAACUUGUGAUUUGAAGCAGUCCAGAAUUCAGCUUUAAUUUUUGGUAGUGGCCACGGCCCGUCAACUAGCCACACAUUUUUAGCAGUGUUACCAUUAUAUUAGGUUUCAUUUUGUAUAGAUUAUAAACGUAAGGCAUUUCCUCAUUUGCAUUAGAAAUUUGGACAAAUGAGACUUAGCACUUUUUUGAGAGAUAGAAGAAUUGUGGCUGGUGAGGGAAUGACUGUUUAUAGCUGCUAUAACGCAAGUGACAAUAGGAAUUAUCUUGCUUCAAGUAUGUUCCACAGCAUUAAAUGUUUUCGCUAACUAUACUACACACCACCCAUUGUGGAUUAUUUUCCAAUAACAGCAUUUCCCCAAGUGCUUAUGUAUGUAU